AUGGGAUCCUCUUUCAUGCGCCGCCUUCCCCAGGCACUUGCUCUCGUUGCAAGUUUGGUCAAAGUGACCACUGCACAAUCCUCUGAAGCCUUAUGGCCCCUGCGAACAUACAAAAGCUCCUCAAUCCAGACCCCGUCUAUGAACGUCACCAAGAUGGGCCAAACGGAGCCAGGGUAUCUCUUCCUCACACCACACGAUAUAAUUCGAGAAACGGGUCACCCUACCAUCUACUCAGACGACGGCCAACUAGUAUGGCAAGGCGACAGGGGAAACUAUUCCGCACUUCAGCCCCAAAUGCUGAAUGGCGAGCCAGUAAUGGCCUAUUGGACCGGCUUUGCUGGUGAGGGAUUCGGGUUCGGCCACAUUAGCAUCUUGAACAGUUCGUACGACGAGAUCCACCGCGUCACACUAUCCUGCGAGGAGCAGAAUUUCGCCACGGUCUACGAACCAAUGAAAUUCAGCUCUUGCAUUGAUAUUCACGAGAGUCAGAUCACGGAGAAUGGCACAAUCCUCGUCACUGCAGUCAAUGUCACUCAGGCUGAUCUGAGCUCCAUUGGCGGAGAAAAAGAUGGCUGGAUUCAAGACGGACUUGUUUAUGAGAUUGAUAUUGCCACCAGUGAGAUUCUUUUCCGGUGGAGCGCUCAUGAUCAUAUCAAUCAGGUCCCGUUAUCUGGUGUUCGUGCUCCGCUUGAGGGUUCGGGUGGCUCGGGUGUAAACUCGACUUAUCCUUACGGAUACCCCCAUCUGAAUGCUAUUUACAAAUAUGGCGAUGAUUACUUGGUAUCGUCGCGAUAUAUGUGUAGUGUAUUCUUGAUUUCACAGAACGGAACGGUUAUCUGGCAUCUGCAUGGUCGAACCGGCGGCGACUUCACUCUAGGUCUGGGAACAAGUUUCUGCUACCAACACGACGUGCGCUUCGUAUCUCAAAGCCCAGAGCGUGUGGUGUUGACCAUGCACAACAAUGAUAAUACCGAGUUCACGGGUCACUCAUCACUAACCACGGGUCUUGUGCUGAAUGUCGACCUUCAAGGCUCAAAGGAAGUAACACUCAUUGGUCGGAUGUGGGAUGCUGCUGAACCGGUAUAUGCCGAGUCUCAGGGUAGCUACCAAAGUCUUGGAAAUGGACAUGUCUUACAAGAUCAUGGUGCGACUCCCAAGAUUGAGGAGUACGAUGAGAAUGGAACUAUCGUCAUGCGGGCUCGGUUUGGGUACGACAAUACCAUGCAGACUUAUCGUACCUAUCGCUAUCCCUGGGUUGGGCGUCCGUCUACCAAGCCUAAUGCUGUUGCUUGUCCAGCUAAAGAGGGAAAGACUGCUGUGUAUGUGAGCUGGAAUGGAGCCACAGAUGUAGCGUCUUGGAAGGUCGUUUCUGGGUCCAAGGUCAUUCACACGGCUUUGCGCAAUGGAUUUGAGACUACUAUCCCUGUAGCUGGGCUUUCAGAUGGUGAUUCGGUUACUGUGGAGGCUGUCGGGGGUGUAGGUGAUGGAACACGAUCUGAGUCGAUCACUGUUGGUCAGAAUUGCUAA